CAUUCGUUAAAAUCUGAUCUCACUGAGGUAGCUUGUAUAAAUGCCUGACACGAUCAAUCACAAGGUGAUCUGAGGUGGCUAGUAGUUGACCGAAUUGGAUUUCCGAAUUGGUUUUAAAAUGGCAAACACGAACGAGAAUGUGUGCCUGAUUAAAGACCUCAAACCUGGACUAAAAAAUAUUAAUUUGGUUUUCAUCGUCCUGGAAACCGGUCGAGUGUCUAAGACAAAGGAUGGACACGAAGUGCGUUCAUGUAAAGUAGCUGACAGGACCGGAAGUAUCACCAUAUCAGUGUGGGACGAGGUGGGCAGCUUGAUUCAAACUGGAGACAUCAUCCGACUCAAUCGAGGAUAUGCAUCUCUCUUCAAAGGAUGUCUUACAUUGUAUAUUGGGAGAACAGGGGACCUCCAGAAGAUCGGAGAGUUCUGUAUGAUAUUCUCGGAGGUGCCAAAUUUCAGUGAGCCCAACCCAGAGGUGCUGGCUAAAAUCAACCAAAUCAACAACAACCAUGUAAAAACAGAAGCUUAUGGCAGCGCUCCUAGUAUACCAAAUCCAGGACCACCUGCCGUACAUACAGCCAACGGCUCUGCUGUGUUUUCUCCUUCUCCUGUCCCCCGAGAGAACUCUUUUGGUACAGGUGGGCGUCAUUUGAACCGCAGCCAUUGGAAGAGUGGCAGUGCUUCUUCAGGUCCUGGUGGAGGUCAGGGCUCAAAACACAUCGUCACCAUCACUAAUGGACGGGAUCCUCGCAGAGCACUGAAGAGAUGAGAACAAGAAAAUUAUGUUUCAGUAUUUGAGACAAUGCUAUUUUGUAUUUAUUUUUAAAUGCUUCUUUUUAUUUGUAAUUGAACUAUUGUUUUUCACUUAAUUGAUUGGUUAAGGGUUAUUUGGUCAAUGAAUUGGAUUAAUUUUUUCUGGAUAUAUGAGAGACUGUUUUUCAGAACAAAGUUGUGUACAAAUAAAGUGAGUUAAAAUCA